UGUUCACAGGUUCCUAAAUGAUGCUGGUCCGAGCGAGGUUUGUUUGGGUCUGGCUCUGUGCACUGGGCAGGUCACACCAAAAUCAAGGAAUGAUUCUUUAAUAUUGUUACUCACUACUGGAUUUAGAUAAUCUUUUUUUAGUCUAGCAACCUUUACCUUGCAUUUAUACAUUUUAAUGUAUCCAAAAUAGUUGUUUUUGACACAAUGUGGACCUUCCUGGGAAUAGCGAGCUUUACUUACAUUUACAAAAAAUGCGGUGCUGUUCUCGAUUAUGCUCAUAAAGAGCUUGCAAUUGCCAUAGCGCUAUCUCUUUUUUUCGGACUUGUGCUACUAUACACAAGGUAUAAUAAGAAGAAAACCCUCAGGUUGUCUCGGUUUCUAGACCUUCCGCUGGAUUUUCUCUCUUCAUUGCCACUGAUAAGUAAUUUUAUCCCGAAAUCAUCAAAAGUGAAGGACAGUAAUGAAGAGGUACCGUGUAAAAAGAGCGGGCGUCGAAGAAAAGAGGCGACACCACAGACGCGCCGGGACCCAGACAGCGGGGCGUCCGCUGAGCCGGAGGAACCGGACAUAGUGAUCGUGGGAGCGGGGGUCCUAGGUUCCGCCAUGGCGGCUGUGCUGGCCCGGGACGGCCGAAGCGUCACGGUGAUCGAGAGGGACCUCCAGGAACCGGACCGGAUAGUAGGAGAGCUGCUCCAGCCGGGGGGGCUCAAAGCUCUUCAGGAGCUGGGUCUGGAAGAUACUGUGGAGGGUCUGGACGCCCAUGUGGUGAAGGGUUACGUGAUCCAUGACCAGGAGACCAACACAGAGGUGGAGAUCCCUUACCCCCAGCAGGAUGAGAAGAUCCUGUGUGGCAGGGCCUUCCACCACGGCCGCUUCAUCAUGGGCCUCCGGAGGGCUGCCCAGGCCGAGCCCAACGUCACUUUCAUCGAAGGCUCAGUCACCAGUCUGCAGGAGCACAACGGCGGGGUGACAGGGGUGCGCUACAAGGACAAGCUAACAGGAGAAACUAUGGAAAUCCAUGCCGGGCUGACGGUGGUGGCUGAUGGAUGCUUCUCCAAAUUCAGGAAAAGUCUUGUGUCAGGGAAGGCACAAAUAUCCUCCCAUUUCGUGGGCUGCAUCAUGAAGGAUUGUCCACAGUUCAAAGCCAACCAUGCUGAGCUGGUCCUGGGCAACCCAAGCCCUGUCCUCAUCUACCAGAUAUCGUCCAGUGACACCAGAGUGCUGGUGGACAUCAGGGGAGAGAUGCCCCGCAACCUCACAGAGUACAUGGCUGAGCGCGUGUACCCAGGGUUACCAGAGCACAUAAAGGAGCCUUUCAUGGGGGCCUUACAGAACGACCGCCUCAGGUCCAUGCCUGCCAGCUUCCUCCCGCCCUCCCCGGUCAACAAGCCAGGGGUCCUUCUGCUGGGCGACGCCUACAACAUGAGACACCCGCUCACAGGGGGGGGGAUGAGCGUGGCUCUCAAUGAUGUCCAGAUCUGGAGGAGGAGUCUGCGGGACAUCCCCGAUCUCUAUGACGACAGGGUCAUGCUGCAGGCAAAGAAAAAAUUCCACUGGGAACGCAAGUCAUCACAUUCCUUUGUGGUGAACGUGUUGGCCCAGGCGCUCUACGAGCUGUUUGCAGCAACCGACGACUCUCUUCAUGAGCUGAGGAAGGCUUGCUUCCAGUACUUCCAGCUUGGGGGCGAGUGUGUUGCUGGGCCUAUUGGACUUCUAUCUGUGUUGUCUCCCAAGCCUCUAACCCUGAUUGGCCACUUCUUCGCCGUAGCCAUGUUUGCGAUCUACGUCAACUUCAAGUCGGAGUCCUGGAUCACCAAACCGCGGGCCCUGGUGAAGAGUGGAGUCAUCCUGUACCGGGCCUGUACCGUUCUGUUUCCUCUCAUCUACUCAGAAUUCAAGUACCUGGUCUACUGACCAGAAAGUGCACACCCGACCAUUCCCUCAUGAAUAUUAAUAUUCAUUCACCCAACUUGACUUCGCCACGUUAUGACUGCACUGCUUUUUGGCAGAUACUCAUGCAAACACACAGCCUUUUUCUGUGUUCAAUUGUGACGUCCAGUUAAUUUAUGGUUCUGCCUUCGCCGGUUAUAGGUUUGUUUAUGCUAAACAAAUACUCAAGAAACUGAAGUUUGGGCAGACGUUUUCAAAAUAUCUGUCCUGCUAAAUACAAUGUUGAAAAUGGGAGCCGCAAUGUUACUGUCAUUUUUGUAGCAAUGCCUUUCAUAGGCCUAAUUGCACUUUGCUUUACAAAGCUACGUUGUAUUGCAGUGCACUUAAGCUUGCACCUUAACUUGUGAUGAAUUCCCAAAUUACACCUGCCAAAUGUACCUUGUAGGGCAUGGAAUAUUCAAUUUUGAAUUUUAUCAAAAUGCUAAACUUUAGGUAAAACCACUUUUGUGCUGUACUUUUUUAUUGUAUUGGAUGUGAUUAUUUAUAAUCAUUAUUCAUAUUUUCUAUCAAUGAUUGUCGGCAAGUGCUUUUCCACUCAGCCUUCCAUUUUUUGAAAAGAUACUUUUAAUUGUUCAAGUGACAUUUGGUUCAUGUCAGCCUUUUGUGCAUCUCUGCCUUUUCAGAUGCAUGUCUCUCAAAUAAUCGGCAAGAUUGGUUGAGGGCAUUAGAUCUUAGGUUCUGAUUGGUUGAGGGCAUUAGAUCUGAGGCUCUGAUUGAUUCAGGGCGAUGGACCGGGGGUUCUGAUUUGUUCAAGGUAUAGCCGUGUGCAAGACUACAGGGGACAGUAAGGCAUUUUGCUAACCCAGAGCUCAAGCUCUUAAUUGUUUCCAUUGGCUCUACAGUUCUGUACAGUAUUUUUGUAAUAAAUUAUCACUUGGUUCACUGCUUUUACCCAUGACAACUGCUGGUGUCAAAUUUACCUCUGAUUUACAGAUUUAAUAAUUUAAUGUAUCCCAGCGUUUGAUAUGAAUAAACGUUCCUUUGGCAACAAGUG